CAGCCUACAUCGCUGUAACCCCCUCCUCUUCUCCCUCCCUCCCUCACGCACACACUCACACACGCGCGCACACAACACGCACGCGCACACCAGUCCCACCUCCCUUUAACCAAACUACAAGUACGACCGAUUCUCCGCAGUGCUGAAGGAGCAGAGGGAAGUAAAGAAGGAGGAGGAGGAGGAGUGAGAGAGGAGAUACGGGGAAACACGAAGAGAGAGAGAGAGAGAGAGAGAGAGAGAGAGAGAGAGAUAAGGGGGACUGCAGGCUUCCUAGUGCGCACAGAUCUCGGCUGCACCGUCCGACCAGCUCUCCGCUCCGCAGGUUCAUGGUCUCUCUCUCCCCAGAUGAGUUCGUUCAGCACGAGGGCUCUGACGCUGCUCUCGUCGGUGUUCGGGGCGUGCGGCCUGCUGCUGGUGGGCGUUGCCGUGUCGACGGACUACUGGCUGCUGAUGGAGGAGGGCAUCGUGCUGCAGCAGAACCAGACCACCGAGGUCAAGAUGGCGCUGCACUCCGGCCUCUGGAGGGUCUGCUUCGUGGCCGGACCAGAGAAGGGUCGAUGCGUGGCGUCGGAGUAUUUCACCGAGCCCGAGAUAGAGAUCACGACGGAGAACACGGCCAACAUCCUGAAAAUGGUCCGGACGGCGACGCCCUUCCCGAUGGUCUCCCUGCUCUUCGUCUUCACCGCCUUCGUCAUCAGCAACAUCGGACACAUCCGGCCGCAGCGCACCAUCCUCGCCUUCGUCUCCGGGAUAUUCUUCAUCCUGUCAGGUCUCAGCCUGGUGGUGGGACUGGUCUUGUACAUUUCCAGUAUCAAUGACGAGGUGAUGAACCGACCCAGAGAGCCCGAGCAGUUCUUCCACUACCGCUACGGCUGGUCCUUCGCCUUCGCCGCCUCCUCCUUCCUGUUGAAAGAGGGUGCAGGAGUGAUGUCCGUCUACCUCUUCAUGAAGCGCUACGCCGAGGAGGAGCUGUACCGGCCCCACCCCGCCCUCUACCGCCCCCGCAUGUCCGAAUGCAGCGACUACAGCGGCCAGUUCCUCCACCCGGACUCCUGGCCUCCGCCUCAGCGCGGCCGCAGCGGCUCGGACGUCUCCUCCGACAUCUCCAUCCAGCUCAACCAGACUCCGCCCUCGCAGGGGCAACCCAAAGGGGGCGGCGGCUCCCAGGCCACGCCCUCUUCCUCCGGGCCCUCGUCGGCGGCCAGCUACCAGCUCCAGCCAGCCUCCUCCUCCUCCACCUCCUCCUCCUACCCACACCCCCUCCACAUGGGCGCCACCUCCACCCUACCCCGGGCCUCCCACGCCCACGCCCACCCUCAGCCUCACCCCCACCCCCACUCCCACCCGAGCGGGCCCCCGCCCCGCUCCCUGCCCAUGGGGGUGCCGCCCUCGGCCGUGCUGCCCCCCCGCUAUCACUCGCACAUGCGAAUGAGCGCCUCGCCAUGCUAGACUACAUACGGAGAGAAGGGGGAGGGGAAACACAACUGGGGUGGGGGGGGGGGGAACAGGAAGCUGCGACACACAGGAAACAGGAAGCUGGAUCACAUCCCAUCAUGUAGACGGUAUAUCCGCCUAUGUGUUAAAUCCUGAAACAUAAAUCUAACGUUUAACAUAUUUUUUGCAACGCCACCGACGCGGUCGGGAAGGAAAACUUCUCUUUUUUUAUUACUUUUCUCAAAAAUAAAUGUCAAGCGGUUUAUUAAACGUAUACAUUAUCGGCUGCUCUGGACCUCAGUUACGAAACACUCGUUAUUUUAAGACGAAUCGUUAUCUUUUACUAAACAUAAAGGUUUUUGUUGCCUACACGUAAACAAUUAGUUUUAGUUGAAUUUCUUUUCUUUUGUUUCCAAUUAAAAUUCGAGACGUUUUAACCGCGUGUUUUAAAAAUUUUAAAAAUUUGUAAAUUUUGUUUUUCCCUUUUCAACAAAGUUUCGUUGUACGGAAAAAAAACUUGUUUUUUUGGGAGACAGGGUUGCCGCAUACAUUCACAUUUUGAUAUACAGAAUAUAUAUGUCGUUUUAAAAAAAGAAAAUUAUUUAUUUAUUUAAAUUUUAUUUACGUCGGUAUGUUUUAAUUGACAACUUUAAUUGCAAUCUACAAUUGUGGAAUUUAUUUAGUAAAUUAAAAACUUCUCGACCGCGUCCGUGGCAGAAACGUGCCACUAUGAUAAAGAAUGUCCGUGUUAUUAAUAAUCAGUAUUGCUUACAACUCUUGACCAACAGUUACAACUAUUAUACACACAAUCAGAGGUGUAUGCAUAUGCUUAGAAGUCGACACUUCAAUUGUAUAGAAAUUCUUCUAAAACAUGUAAAUACCGCAGUAUGUUUUAGGUGUUUUAGCUAUUGAAUUUUUCUAAGCUGUUUGUAUCCGGAGGGGUGAAUGUUCAACAUGUCGCGGGAGGAAAAAUAAGACGCGACUGAGAGACUCUCCAAAGAUGAUGAUCACCGCUGGCACAAAAAAAACCAACAUAGAUAUAUAUAUUAAAUAAAUACGGCUGCCUUGGAGAUGCUGUUGCCAUGAAAGUGAGGAUUUAGUUUCUCAGCUAUGUAAAUAUGGACGUGACAAACCGGACCUCUGAAAGCCGGGUUCAGGUCCAUCCGGCUCAGAUUAAAAACCCUGAAAUCCGACUCGCCGGUUUAUGGUAUACCCCCCCCCCCCCCACGCCCCCCCGACCGUUUAUUUCUGUGUUUUUAUGAAUGACGAGGUGCUUCCUGAACGGACAGAUUUGAAAUGAAAUCCGACUCUUCCUGUUUUGUUUUUUUACGUAAGAAGAUGUGAGAUUCUGGCGGCUCCGCGUUCCAAUUCACCUCCUGGUUUAAUCUAUUAUUCAUGUUGGUGGCUCAGCCGCCAUUAAUUAGGAGUCCUUUACGUCUUUUUUCGCAAAUAUAUCGUUUCGGGUCCGGGAACAAUUUCAGAAAGAUUCCUUUUUGUCUGUUGAUGGGAGGAAAAGAUUCAAGUGAAUGAUGGUACCUGGGCGCGUGGUGCUGGUGCUACGGAUGGUUUGGUUACUCUCCGGUGUUUGAUGACACCUUCACACACGACCCCCUGUUUACGGUUCAGCCAUGUAAAAACUUAUGGGCCCAAAAAACGAUCAGGGUUUUUUAUUCAUCAGUUUUCUGCAUCUUCUUUUCUUCUUUUUUGAAAGGCAACUUAAAAAACCCAGAAAAAAAAAAAACCCCGAAUGAAUGAGAACGUUAACACAAAACCAUGAUCUGCUUAUAUUAAUCCCCAAAAUCCCAGGCCUGCUGUUUUUUGUCCAGGGGUUGGUUGAUAUUCAUAUUCGGUAUCCGGCCACAGUCACCACGAAAGGCCCGCCUCUCAGUUCAUCCGAUUGGACGAUGUGAAAAACAAACGAUUUCUCCGUUUUUUGAGUUGGAAGUUUUUCUCAAUUUGAGGCGUUCAGGGGCGCGAAAAAAAAAAGUCUUGACUCUCAUUGGACACAAUCACACAACGUGUUUGACUUUGACAUCAGAGACUGGAGUUUGUGUGACUUUGUGCAUCCUUUCCAGAAACAGUAGAAUAGCACUGAACCGUACAUCCGUGUGCAUGAGUAUGAUAAUGAUAGGAUGACUCUUAUGGUUUUAUAUGUUAGAGAUGUUCAGACUGACUCCCGUUGGAAGUUCUCAUGUUGCACAGAGACUUGAAGACAAACUUAGAGAUUGCUUGUUUUUGUAGCAUAUUAACAAUCGUGCCCGGCGUAGGGCAUUGUUUGUAGCCAUUGUUUAGACCGACAGGGGGAAGUGAGUGUCGUGCUUACAGUGGGAGGGAAACAGUGUAGCAAAUUAACUGCGAUGUUAGCAUCUUUUAUGAAUAUUUGCUAUGUGGAAACUAAAUAGGAAAUCAUUUAGCAGCUAAGUAUGAGAGCUCUUGCUUAGUUUUGAGAUAUUUAUUUUAAUUGCCAAAGCUGAGCAUUCAUGCUGUGUAGUGAGCACACACACACACGCACAUACGCACACACACACACCUAUACACCACAGAUAUAUAUUUAUGUAGCUGACUUCUGAGGAGUUGUUUUCAGUUUUAUGAUGCAAAUAAAUCUGAACCACAGAGACGUAGAGCUCUGAUGCAGUGAACCGCUUUUUGAAAUGUUAACUUCCUUCAUCCACUGCUGACAUUUCAACUGUGAUUAUGAUGUAAAUAUUAUUGAACAUACUUUACACGGCCAUAUUCUGAGUCUAAUUACAUUUGACUGACUCGGUACCUGUCCAAAAACCGACCAUAACGUUCAUGUAACUUUUAUUGUUUUUCAUCAUUUCUGCAAAUGUGCUAUGAGCAGGAGUGUGAUUUUUAUCUGCCAGCAGUGUUUUGUUAAGUUUAAAACCAAUAAAGCUUGCCUGGUUCCAGCCUCCGA